GCUCAUUCUAUCUUUAUUCAAUGAAUGGAUUACGUCACGCGUUUGUACGCACUACUCUUCGUUGGGUGUAGUUCGGUUACAAUUCGGAGUAGUCAUGUCAAGAAGGGUGUUGUCUGUGCUUGAUUGAUUUUAAAAAGAUUGUAUUUAAAAUGUGGCUCGAGCAUUACGCGAUACUGCUAUCCCUGUGCAGUUUUGCGUUACUUCAUAUUCAGGGUCAACGUCUCAACAACACAGUCACAUGGUGUACAGUUUCCGAUGGCGAACAGAAUAAAUGCAAAGCCUUUUCCAGGGCGAUCGACCGUGAGAUAGGAUCUUUUGGGUUUAACUACUUUUCAGUACAUUGCAAGCAAGCUUUCAACAAGGAAGAAUGUAUGACUAUGCUGGAUCAUGAAAAGGCUCAGAUAACAACAUUAGACGCUGGAGAGGUCUUUAUUGCUGGACGAUAUCAUAGUCUUGUACCAAUAAUGCAAGAGAUAUAUGAAAGUGGGCUGAAUUAUCAAUAUGCCGUUGCAGUGAUUAAGAAAGGCUCUUUACAAGAUGUAAACAGUUUACAUGAUCUUAGAUACAGGAAAGCCUGUUUUGCUGGUGUUGGAACUUUAGCGGGUUGGGUUAUUCCAAUUAAUACUCUUAUGAGAUAUGGAGGAAUGGAAGUCAUUGAUUGUAACAAUCAUGUAAAGUCAACAAUUAAAUACUUUGGUCCUAGUUGCGCAGUAAACUCUUUGAUUGACAAAUACAAUCCACUUGGUGAUAAUUCUGAUCAAUUAUGUAAUUUAUGUAUUGGCAAAAUACCUGGUGGCAAGUGCACAUAUCAAGAUCCUUAUGCAGGAUACGAAGGGGCUUUUCGAUGUUUGGUCGAAGCUGGUGAAAUUGCUUUCCUGGUGCAUACAACUGUACAAGAGAUGACUUCAACGACAUUUGACUUUAGUACCGUGAAGAAGGAGCAAUUCGAACUCCUCUGCAAGGAUGGUACUCGCAAAUCCGUGGACGAGUAUAAAGUCUGUAAUUGGGGUAAUGUGCCAUCGCGUGCAAUAGUAACAUCUUCAGCGACCAGUUUCGAGAUUCGUCGAAUGUAUCAAAGAUUUCUGGAGAAAGCGGCUCGAAUAUUCCACAAGAAAAAUGACACGACGAGCUUUAAUCGUUUUGAUAAUACUCAGAGAAACUAUGAAAAUCGCUCAGGUUACAACAACAGAUUCGGCGAGAGUGGCUUUAACAGGGAUGACUUUAAUAGAGAUGGAUUUAAUAGAGAUGAAUUUAAUAGAGAUGAAUUUAAUAGAGAUGGUUUUAAUAGAGAUGGCUUCAAUAGGGAUGGCUUCAAUAGGGAUGGCUUCAGUAAAGAUGGCUUCAGUAAGGAUGGCUUUAAUAGGGAUGGCGUUAACAAUCCGAACGAAUAUAACACAGAUAACUGGGAUCGCAAUGGAUACGAUCGAAGUUUCGGCGGCGGCGGCGGAUUCAACUCGUGGGAGAAACCCGCGAUCAACGACACGUUCGAUUAUUACAAUAGAGACCACACCGAAUCUACGAAUAUACAACCGAUAGAAGUGUUCGAUUUGUACGAGUCAGCGCCUAGAUAUGGCAUACAACAUAAUUUAAUAUUUUCAGAUUCGUCUCGCGAUUUCGUGCAACUACCUGAAAAAGAUCAAACGUACACAGGAUACUUAGGAAGAUCCAUGGAUCACAUAUUAGAAGUACGUCAUUGCCCCGUAAAUCGGAUGACUUUAUGCGUUACAUCCGAUCCGGAAAUGGAAAAAUGUGUGAAGAUGAAGAUUGCUUUGAAAGCUCAACUGCUGAAACCAGAAUUACUUUGUCACAGAGGCCACAGCCAAAUAAAUUGUAUGCAGGCGAUACAGAGCGGGAUUGCCGAUGUAACUGUGUUGGACGCCAGUGACGUUUAUACUGCUGGAUUACGUUUUAAUCUGAUUCCGUUCAUAUCCGAAGUAUAUAAUCUCGGCACACCGGAUUAUUAUGUCGUCGCUGUUGCUAAGGAGGAGGACGACAACACAGAUCUGACAUAUCUGAAAAACAAAAACACUUGUCACACUGGUAUUAACACUGCUGCGGGCUGGGUCUAUCCAUUGGCCUAUCUUAUUUCUAACAAGUGGAUCAGAGGCUACGGUUGCGAUUCUGUGCGCGCCGCCGCAGAAUACUUUAGCAAAUCCUGCGUGCCGGGCGCGCUUAGUACCGAAUAUAAUAUAGGCGUGCCUUAUGAUAAUAUGUGCGAUUUGUGUCACGGGGUGAGCUAUAGGUAUUGCCGAAGAGACGCUUCUGAGGAUUAUUUCGGGUACACGGGCGCCUUCAGAUGUCUGGUAGAAGGCGGCGGAGACGUAUCUUUUGUCAAGCACACGACGGUUGCGGAGAACACUGACGGCAAACGCAAGGAAUUUUGGGCGCGCAACACCUUCACGAAGGAUUUCGAAUUGCUCUGUCCGGAUGGUACGCGUCGUCGUACCGCAGACUACGAGAAUUGCAACUUGGGCAAAGUCGCCGCCAACGCUAUAGUCACGCGCGGCGGUAACGAUUACGGUUACAACGAGACGCAGAUCAACGCGUACAUUAAUCUGUUCAUAUACGCGCAACAGUUUUACGGCCGGAAAGAGCAGGACGAGUUCAGCUUCAGCAUGUACUACAGCGUGUCCCCUUAUAGCGAUCUCAUUUUUCAGGACGCCACUCAGCAGUUGAUAGUCAUUCCGCCGGAAAAGCGAGAGUAUAGCGCGUAUCUUGGACCAGAUUUUAUGAGAGCUAGGAGAAUUGUAGAUUGUAACGCUGGAGCGUCAGCCUUAAGGUAUUCGUUGCUAGCUACGAUAAUUAUGAUAACAUUCACUUUCGCAUUUGGUAGAUAAGUAUAUUGCUAUAGCACAAUUUUUACUUACUUUUACAUAAAUAUUUGAAUAAUUCAUAUUAAGCUAUUAUAAAAGAAAAACUAGAGAUCUGAUAAGAAAUCUGAUAGACUACAUUUUAUUAUAAUGAUAAUAUAUAUUUCAUCGCUAAGUUGUAAACUGAA